AUGGCAGUGACAAACUGCUGCUGUGCUGAGGUACGCAUGCGUGACAAGGGGGUCCAACGACUUGCAGAACUACUGGACGAGGAAGUGGAGGCGGUCGACUUGGCCAACAACGAGCUGGGGCCGCCAGGAGUCUGCCGCCUGGCCAAUGCCCUGUGCCAGCGCUCGCUGGAGCAACUGCGACGAUUGGACCUUUCGGCCAAUGCUCUCACCGAUGAUGCAGCUUCUCGCCUAGCGAAAGGACUUCAACGCUGUCCCCGACUUCUGCGACUGGACUUGCGCAGCAAUGCCAUCCAGGAUGGACACGCACUGGGCGAGCUCAUCGCAGGCCACGGCAACAUGACGAGGCUCUCCUUGCGAAGAAACCGCCUUGCAGGCUUUGGUAUGGCAGCCCUGUUCAAUGGGAUCUUGGAGAAUGCUCGCCGAGGUGGUCAGCUCGCUGAUGUCGACGUCGCCUGGAACCCACUUGCUCAAGAUGGGCCUCUUGCUGCCAAAGCCAUCUCGACUGUCUUUCGGGAGUCGGCGACACUGUACCACUGCGACCUUAGCUACUGUAGCAUGGAUGCUGCCAGCUGCUCUCUGCUGGGCGAGGGGUUGCGUGAUAACCACUCCCUCUAUGGCCUCCAUAUCGUCGGGAAUGCAGCGACCAUGGACGCAGACGGGUUUCUCACACCCCUCACGCUCCUGCGCAGCGAGCGUCCCAACGCGCCCCAAGAUUCCGAGCGCCAGCGAUCGAUGGUGUUUGGUAGCCUCCAGCCCGGGCCAGAGGCACUGCUGGGCGCUCAUGGAUCUCAGGGAUUUGGUGCCGAGGAUGACCUCAACGGCCGUGAUGUGCUCGAGAUGAAGUCCGCCUGUUGGGCCUGCGAAGGCUGGGUUCGCCAGGAGAUUGAAUGGCCCUACGAUCCUGGAGAUCCUCCCAAGGCGGUCUGGGCGUUCACCGGCUUGGACUCUUUCCGACGGGCCCUGCGCCUGAGACCCGAAGGUGGGCCCAGACCUUGUUUCAAGGCCGCCCGCAUGGUGCCUCCUGGACACAGGCUCCAAGUGAUCUUUCAGGUCGACUCCAGGAUCCAGCUGCUAGAUGACCGGGAAAAGCUGGCAGUGCCUGCGGAGAUCACUCUCCGAAUUUGCCAGGAACUGCCGGAGCUGAAGCCAGAUCCAGAUCAGGUGGUUAGUGCGGAGAACUCCCCACGCUCCGGUCGGCAAGUCCUCAUCGCCAGCGUCACGGAAGCGAGCGUGAUCAACAGGACUGAGGGGUUGAUGAGCUCGACCGCCGCAUGCCGCGGGGUGGUCACCGAUGGCCCAGCUGAUGGUGACACUGUGCUCCUGCCGCGUGUGACCGAGGCAGAGUUCAAAGCCAAGGCCAAACGCUCUCCGCCCUUCUGGAGCACUUUCAAAAAAGAGUCGCCGUCUUUGCGCAGGGAGGCGCUUCGCAUUGACUGGCUGCGGUGCCGGCUGGGCCACGUCGUCCCAGAGACUGAGAUUGAUGACAUCAAGAAGGCCAUGGAGCCUCACUACGGCUGGCUGAUGUGCCUCUACCGUCGAGUCUCCUCGCAGGAUGUGUCUGGUGAGAUCGGCUUUGGCAUCAGCCAGCUGCAGGCUGGUGAACUGAUGGCUGAUUGCGGGAUCUGCGAUGGCAGCACCACGAAGGUGGCGGACCUAGAUCGAAACUUCAUCGCGGCCAAGGUCACGCCUGUCGAAAUGAAGAAGACCAUGGCAAUCGUCAAUGACAAGACCUUGGUGCGCUACGAGUUUCUCGAGUUCCUCCUGCGCGUGGCGAAUCACCACUUCUUCAAGUCUGGCGUCGCACGCCCAGAAUUGGGGCCUCCAUCUCCACUCUGCAAAUCCCGGCAUGUACAGCUGGCACGUGGCAACGACAAUGGCAGAAGCUAG